UAAACUGUUUUUUUAACCCCCUGGAGGCAGGCGUUGCAGAUUAUCAACGUUAAACCCUACCUGGUUAUUCCGCAUAAGUAUUUAAUGAUUAUUUUUUAACUCAGAAGAACCCCUGAAGGACUUAGUUGUUCGUCCUUUUAUCAAAACUUACUUUGAGCCUGAGAGGGUUACAUCACUUUGAGUCACAAUGUAAGUUGUUGCUUCACCUCCUAUCUUCAUAUUUUUGCUUCUAAGCAUCCAGACUUUCUUGAUGUGGUCUUGAUCAAUAGUUUUCAGGCUUUCUGAAGGUUUUGCAAGAGUUUUCUCUGAACUUUUUUCCUUCACUCAUUUUCUUCCCAGCGCCAGACCAAUUUCAGAGGGUUUUUAAUGCCACCUGACUCUGACUUAUGAAUGAUUCAGGGAUAAAACAGCUCCUAAACUCAAAGGUGAACCAGGGGUGUGUCAAUACUACAGAAAACCUAGCAAAUGUCAAUGACGUGAUUCUCUAGGAGCUAUUAGGUACACUAAAGGGCGAUGCAUCUCUCAGGCCUAGCUUCACAUCUUUUGUGGACUUUUUUCUUUUUUCAUAAAGACAUAACAUUCAAGCACAGCCUUUAAAGAGCAAGUCACCCCCAAAUCUACUUUUUUCUACUGAUAAAGUAAAUGAAUGUCUAAUCAUGUUGAAGACAUGUCAAUAAUUUGGUACUUUAGUGCAUCUAAUAUUUAAAUAUUCUGCCUAAAACUGUCAGUGUCCAGGUGAAAACUCUGCACUGCAUUUUUAUUUAAAUCUGUCAUCGCUAUUGGCUAAAAGGUACACUAUGAUGUUAGCUGGUACAUUAUGAUGUCACAAUGUCGUUACGAGCCUGUGUUUUUGUGUGUUUGUUGGCAACUCCGCCCUCUCGCAUUUGUUGCAUUUUUAAACAGGAAGUGGGAGUGGACUAAGACUCAGAUAGGGGGUGACUUGCUCUGUAGUUUUUUUUAAACGUGACACGUCUUCUUUUGUCCUCCACUAGGCCACUUUUUGCAUUUUUUUAACACUGCACAAUUGUGAUGGUCAGAUAGAGACAACACGUGUGAAAAAGCAGCCAAAGUCUAAAGGAAACAAAAUUUUGAUCAAGAUCACGAGAAAAGCUUGGAUUCUUGACAAUGAGACAUAAGGAAAAUGCUCCAAGCUUUGAUGAGCUGUUACUGUCGUUGCCUCGUCAGUAUCACACUUACAAGUUUUCAGUCGCCGUUAAUUCGUGCUCCUGCUUUUAUCCUAACCGUAAGUAAGGGUUUGUGUUUUUAUGUAAUCAGAGGAGUUUCUCUCUGUACCCUGGAGGAGCAGCAGACCUGCUGGGGCUCAGACGCCACCAGCUGUGGCUCUUUAGCUGGGACAGUGAGUUUGAUGUUAGGGACGUGUUUCUGUUCAGGAUGUGAGCGAACACAAGUUGAAGGUGACAAAGUGUCCUUUGAAUGAUGAGUAAUCCCUGCGUCAUCACGGCCUCUUCAAGAGGACAUUUCUCUUUUAUUAACUUUGAUAGGAAGAGAUGCAUCAAGGGAGAAAGUUUGGCUGCACCUUUAGCUGUUCAGAGUGUUUGCUGCCUUUGUAUUGUACUUUUUGGAUUUGUCCACUGAGACUAAAAGAGCACAUAAACACCCACAGAGCCACUUUCAGGAACACAGCCAGUCAUCUUGAACAAAGGCUCCCCUGUGGAGGCUCUUUUGAGCAUUAAAGGCCUAUCCAGAACUCUCAGUAAACAUUAACUCUGAUAACUAAAGCCACAGUCCACUGCUCUGUGUCCACUCUGGAAAUAGAUGCAUAUUUAGGGAUGUCUCAGUUCCUGCAGCUGAGGAACAUGCACAAAUCUGCACAGUCAGGUGUGAAGAGGGGCAGGUCAUUUGCUGUUUCAUCUGUUGUGUAUGCACUUACCCAUGCUGCCACUGGUAGAAGCUGCAGAGCAAUCAAAACGGUUUCACCUGAAAUGGGUGGAAUGUGAAGCAAAAGGCAUUUGUUUUAUUUAUUGUUUCAAGAAUGAUGGAGAUGGUUCUUUGACAAAUCUGAGUUUUGCAUCAGGGUCUGAGCUCUACUUUUUUUUCUUAUGGGGAUUAAAACUUACAGAUUUGUCUUUAUUCUGGACUUUUUACCUUUAAUGUGACAAAUGUCAUUGCUAUUCGGCCAUUUUGAAGUGUAAUUCUGUGUAAGUUAUCAUGUUACCUUUUGUUGAUAGCUUCUGUAGAAAUAGUUUAAUAAUUCAGGAUAGAUGAGCUAAUGGCUAGUCUGAGCUAAGCCCAGCACAAUGAGCGUUGCUGCCAUCAUAAGACAGACCGAUGGACCUUUUUCCACCAGGAUUGAAGAAAGUGAAGCUAUAAUACCCUGUUAACCAGAGUGGGCUCGCGUGGGACGUGGGGCUCUAAGGCUUGCCUACUGCACUGCACAAAAUUACAGCAUUUCUUAUUCAUAAGGGAAUAAAUACGUGAGUGUAAAACAUCAAAGUAGAUUUUAUGUGACAUAACAGAAGGCAACACCUGAAAAAGUCUGGGACUUAUUUUAUUAUUUUUGUCCCAAAAAUCCCUUUCAUUUAUAUGGAGUGGGCGGAGCUUCAGCCCGCUCAGGAGCCAGUCACUAGCGGCCCCUUUACACUAUGGCCGGCUCGGUCUGAGCCGGGUGGGGUCAUUGCAUUUACAUUGGUGUUGUUUGUACGGAGUCCACUGCUUUUGUUUUGUUUUGCCCCACGCUUCGUUUCGUGCUGAACCGACUCAACACAGCCACCUUUAGUCUGGUUGGCUGGAUGGAGUUAUGUCACUCUCACACCUACCUAGUGGGAACCUCUGAUUGGCACAGGUAAAAUCAGCCAGCUGUGGCUUCCUGCAUGCACGAUUUAUUAGAAAUCUGGAUACAGUGGGGUAAACAUCUUCUCUAACUGCAGCUUGGAACUGUCAGAGCUGCAGCAGCAUGACGACUGACCUUCUGCCGUGAGAGCUCUUGAAUGGAGGAGCCCACGGCAGCACCACUGCUCAGUGAGAGGAAGCUGUGUGCUUCAUGUCAGCAUCUCCAAAAGCAACUGAGCCCUCUUCUGUUUAUUAAAUAAUGCCAGUUAGGAAUGACACUGAGGACUUAUUGGCACCACUUUAGUAGGACAUGUCCAUGUCCUCACCCACAUCUGCAUUCUUGAGAAGGCACAUCGGGGUGGGCUGUCCACACCCGACCUAGGCCGAGAUGCUUUCUUUUAGCUUCUGAUUCUGUUUUUAUUCUCAGAUUUUGUUCCAAACAUCCAAAUGAAACUGCUGCCCUCUUAAAACAACUCAGAUUGACAUGUUUUAUAAAUGCACAUAAAUGUUAAAACAUUCAUACCUAUUUAACUUUCACAUCAUGGUUGGUUAGUUUAGUAGAAAUAUGAAGAAAUUCCUGCUGGACAUGGUCCGUGGAAGUGCCAGGCUCAACUUUGCUAGCAAGCUUUGUUUUGCGAUGCAAAGUCAUAGCUUGGCCUGCCAGACUCGACCUCUGUCUUUUCUACACAGAAGACGAGUCCGGAUAACCAGAGGCAGAGAGCACCAUGGGGGCGGGACUAGCCAGAUCAAAAAUAACCAAUCAGAAAAAAAGGCAGAAAUGAUGAUUGUAUCACAUGACGCUGAAGUUUUUUUUUAGCAGAAGUCAAAGAUGAUUUUUAUGGUGCGUUCGAUUUGACCUCGGAGCUCGGAAAUCCCGACUUCCAAGUAGGAAAAAUCAAACGAAACCCCCUCAAAGCCGGACCUCCCGGUCGGAAACUCAUAAGAAUUGUCAUGGCUGGUCAGGCUAGCAAAAUCUGAUGCAAAAUUUUAUAAAAUACUUGCACGAACUACUAUGAAUCUGAGUAGAUUUAAACCGUUUUAAGAUGGCAGCAAUGCACUUUGGUCAUGGUUGGACUAUCUCAUCAGUCCUUCUGUUCUAACAUCUAUUUCUAUGAACAGAGGCUGUUCGUGAUGUUUUCUACAACGAGUAAGUUAGUAAUUACUUUAAACUUUUUCACACAAAAAAAACCCUCAAAAUAUCCGAAAUAUCUCCUUAAGCUGUGAGCGCCCCAGGACUCCAGUGGGUUGAUCUAAAAAACAACAACAAUGUGGUCUUUUGAGAAAAGAGCCUUUAAAGUACAUGUGGCAACGGACUGUAACGAUAUAAUGCUGCUGUUGGGGCGGCAGACGCUCCAAGCCCUCAGGGAGUUGGCUGAAGAUUGCCCGUCUUUGAUAAGGUCCUCACACUGGAGCUGCAACUUCUUGAUCUGGGAAAAAAAAAAUGAACACAACGCGGCGUAAACGCUUAAAAUUCAUAAAAUAAAUCCAACUGCGUUUAAAACACGCGUCAUCACGUGUGACUGCGACGUAUCCUCGAAUCCCUGGCUCUAUUUUGGCUGUUUUGCAUUAUUAUUGUUAUUCUGGGAGAGUUGUUUGUUAUGCAGCUGUCAGGACCAGGCAGUCGGCUCGUCACUUUGAAGUGAGCAGCUCCAGCCUCGCGCUUCAGUUGGUGUUGGAGUCGCCUACAGGAGAGACCUGCUGUGGCGGCAUGGUAGCCUGAAACGCACGGGGAGGAGGAAAGGGAAGGGGGAGAUAAGCGAGAUUUUCCCCCUCGUGUGCAUUUUUCCCACUCCAACCCGAACUGAUUGCAUUUGGACGCGUUUUGGGGACCAGAGAGGUGGAUUACACGCGCUUUUUGUGGAUAAAUAACCACCGGGAGUUAGAUUGGAGGAACAAACUCGUGGAUCGAUGAGAGAGAAGACGGGCAGCCCGGAGAGAAGCCCCCUCCGCUGACAUAAGAGAGUGAGGAGAUUACAGUAGAAGCUCAGAAAGAGGAGGUGAUCAGCACACGGGCUCCUCUCUCUCUCUCUCCUCCUGCUGCCUUUCAGAGACAUGAGCCGGGCGCUUAUGGACCAGAUCUCCAGUAGUUUCCGCGAAGAUGCCCCUCGACCCCCGGUGCCCGGGGAGGAGGGCGAUGCGCCCAGCUACUCCUGCAAACUGAUGAAGCCCCUCGACCCUCCCAAACCCGUCCUGCUCGGCUCUCCGGAGUCCUCAGCGAGGAGGACCGAGGAGCCGGAGGGCAGCGCCUCCCCGGACUCGCCACUGUCCCGGUGGACCAAGUCUCUGCACUCGCUCCUCGGGGACCAGGACGGCGCGCUCCUGUUCAGGACCUUCCUGGAGCGGGAGAAAUGCGUGGACGCGCUGGACUUCUGGUUCGCCUGCAACGGCUUCAGGCAGAUGGAUCUGAAGGACACCAAAACGCAGAGGGUCGCCAAAGCCAUCUACAAGCGCUACAUCGAAAACAACAGCGUGGUGGCCAAGCAGCUGAAGCCGCCCACCAAGACCUUCAUCCGGGAUAGCAUCAAGAAGCAGCACAUCGACUCUGCCAUGUUUGACCAGGCGCAGACGGAGAUCCAGACCAACAUGGAGGAGAAGGCGUACCAGAUGUUUCUGACCUCUGACAUUUACCUGGAGUACGUGAGGACAGGGGGGGAGAGCCCGAACCACGGCUCGGGAUCUCUGGGCAGCCUGAAGGUUGUGUGUGCUUACUUGCCCACGCUCAACGAGGAGGAGGAGUGGAGUUGUGACUUCAAAGCCAAAGCUCUGGUUGGACUGAAGGGCCACAGGGCUCCCAUGUCCCCGAGGGCCGUGGAGAUGAUGGAGAGGGGAUACAGAUCAUACAAGAGAGGAGACUCCCUCGCCCCCUGCCACGUGGGCUCGUUCGCCCCCGCCAGCAGCACCAACGACAGCGAGGUGUCCAGCGACGCGCUGACGGACGACGCCAUGUCUGACGUAGACGGCAUUCCUCCGUAUAAACUGGGCUCCAAGAAGCAGCUCCAGAGGGAGAUGCAGCGCAACAUGAAGAUGAACAGCCAAGUGUCUCUGCCUGCUUUUCCUCGGACGCAUCGUCCUCCAAAGGAGAUGGUCCCAAUGGAGCCGGCGGAGUUUGCUUCCCAGCUGAUCUCCCGUCUGGAGAACCUGAAGAGGGAGCAGGACACCAUCAGCUCUCUGGAGGAAAGGCUGCAGCAGAUCCAGGAGGAGGAGGAGCGAGAAGACGCAGACCUCUCCGAAAGUGCUCCCCAGCUCUCCCCGCAUCCUCUGACUCUCCUCUCCAGCUCUUCAGACGAGGAUCCUCAGGCCAUCCUGGACGAGCACCUUUCUCGAGUUCUGAAGACGCCCGGCUGCCAGUCGCCCACCGUGAUCCGGCACUCCCCACGAUCCAGCUCCCCGGAGCUCCGCCCUUUCGCCUGCGCAGGCUUUGGACUCAAUUCUCUGGGAAAGAGCGGGCCUCCGAGUUCUUCUGCAUCCAGCCCGGACCAGGGGGCCUUCCCUCUGGGUCUGGGCGCCAGCCGCACCCUGGUGACCAGGCAGAGCACCAAACACAUCCACCACCAUUACAUCCAUCACCACGCCAGCCCCAGGUCCAAGGUGCAGAUCGAGAGGGAGGCGGCCCUCAGGUUGCACGGUGUGUGCUCUGGCGCUGGCAGGUGCCAGUCCUGCCAGGUGUACCCGCGGAGCCGCAGCCUGGGCAGAGAGAUGUGUGGCGCCGUCUCUACAGACUCCAGUAUGGGGCGCUCCAGCUCGCUGUCCCGGUGCGUUUGUCGCUCGGGGGCGGAGGUUGGGGUUGCAGAGCGGUGUGCGGAGGACUGUGGGUCCCUACAGCUGCCCAGCGCCACGGCAGACCCCACCCAGAAUGUGCUGCAGUGGAUCCUGGAGAGCAAACGCCAGGGUCGGCACAAGCCCCACAGUGCUCAGAACACCAAGAAGUCCUUCGGGAGCUCGUCGGCUCAGACUCACACGUGGGGCGGAGGGGGAAACUGCGCCCACCUACGAAACCACCAGCCGGCGCAGCCGUUCAUCCAAGACCCCGCCAUGCCUCCUCUUCCGCCUCCCAACACUCUGGCACAACUGGAGGAGGCCUGUCGCAGACUGGAGGAGGUGUCCACCAAACCCGCCAAACCACGGCAUUUGCUAAGUCUUCAGCGAGAGAAGGUCCACCAGGCGUCUGUCCAGGGUGGGAGCUCCGUCCCUCAGUCUCUUGCCAGCCCCGCUGCCCUCGCUACGGCUAGCACGAGUCUCCAGUCGGAAGACUGUAAGAAAAGUUUGGGAUGCGUCGGUGAGACGGUGGUGACGUACUUCUUCUGCGGCGAGGAGAUCCCUUACCGGAGGAACAUGAAGAGCCACAGUCUCACGUUGGGUCACUUCAAAGAGCAGCUCCGCAAGAAGGGCAACUACAGGUACUACUUCAAAAAGGCCAGCGACGAGUUCGAAUGUGGCGCCGUGUUCGAGGAAGUGUCGGACGACAGCUCCUUGCUGCCCACCUACGAGGGCAAGAUCCUGGGGAAGGUGGAGCGGAUGGAGUGACUGUUGGGGAAGACGCUCCUCCAGGCGGCUCGUUUCUGUGCGGAUGUCCUUCGUUAAGCUAAGACUGCAGGACUGGAGACGUGGAAGGAUAACGUGGACUUGUUAAACCCUACAGAACACAACGGAAGCUGGAUGAGUCACUAGUGGACUAAAGGGAGAACGGCUGCCUUGGACAGAGGGAAUCGUGUACUGUGUGUGCGCGCGUGUGUGUGUGUGGACGUGCGAGUGUGUUGCUGGACUGAAAUCUUUCCAGGAGAGAGAUCUCAAGAGACUUUAGGUGAAUGACCACUGAUCCGAACCCAGCCUUAUGUAUAUGCAGAUAUACAUAGGCAUUGUAACGUGUGGGAUGCUUGUAUUGCUGUGUAAAGAUUUCUAUAUCUAUUUAUUGGGCGUUUCCCAGUUCAGUCCGAGCUGUCUGGAUCGGCUCCUUCAGUUUUCCACAUCCAGAAGUUCUCCCGUCAGAGCGCGGGUCCUUAAGGAAACGGGAGAGGGUUUGACUUCCUCUCACCCCGUCCCGUCGAACUCACAAAGAACCGUCUCAGAGUUCGAUCUCGUCUUUACUACUGCGGUGCCGUCUGUGGAGCGCUCUUCGUGUGCUAUGGAAAACGAGCAAAAAUGCUAUUAAUGUUUCAUUUCCCUGCGCUGGGAUUCUGCCCGGCUAGCCUUGAUCAGUCAGUGCCUUUGUUUCCGUGGCGCAGGCAUCGCACAAAUAGCCUACAAUGUGUAGGAAACUGCUCCGAAACAGGUCUUCAAGUCCCCCAAAAAUGUGUUUACACCCAUAUUAAUGUUUCCCAACACAAAAAAGCUCUAGUGUGUGUGUGUGUGCGCGUGUGUGUAUUCUGCACUGUGAGAUGCAGAUGUGAUAGUUGUAUACACACUAUGCUCAUAGUGUUUUUACUGGAGUACAGUAGCUGUGCCUACAUGGAUUCUCCCAUGUUUUACCCGGUUUUCAGGGUCUUUUUAAUCCCUUGGUUUUCACAAGGGGCCUCAUGUUGAAAAAGAUAUUUUUAUGGCUUUUAUUAUCCGUUUCAUGUUUUCUGUUUCAUUACUUCUUCGGCUCCACACGUAAACUGUAAAUUAUGCAUUCUAUAGAGCUCAAGUUGGAAAAGAUGCCUCGGUACUUUAAUUAUUGUAAUUAUAAAGAGAUGUAGCCUUUAUUAAAAUGUUUUAUUUUUCAAAUGA